ACGAGAGAGGAUCUGCUGUAUACUAGAACCUCUCUUCUCCCCUGAAAUUCGCCCAUUGCUUGAUUUUGUUUUGUCCAUUUUCCCCAAAUUAAAGUAGAAGAAAGGUGAGUGUUUUCAAGCAAAGAUACAGACACAAAGAGAGAGAGAGAGGGGAAGAAAAUGGUGUCUUCUCCGGUGGUGAACACCUAUCCACUCUCCAGCUACACAUUCGGGACGAAGGAACCCAAGAUGGAGAAAGACACUUCUGUAGUUGAUCGCCUAGCUCGCAUGAAAGUCAACUAUAUGAAAGAAGGCAUGCGGACUAGUGUCGAAGCAAUUUUACUGGUCCAGGAACAUAAUCAUCCACAUGUUCUUCUCCUGCAAAUUGGAAACACAUUUUGCAAACUUCCAGGCGGCCGUUUGAAACCAGGGGAAAAUGAGGUAGAGGGUUUGAAAAGAAAACUUAAUAGCAAACUUGGGGCGAAUCAACCUGGUCUUCAACCAGACUGGCAGAUUGGCGAGUGUGUGGCCAUUUGGUGGAGGCCGAAUUUCGAAACCAUAAUGUAUCCUUACUGUCCUCCCCACAUUACGAAACCAAAGGAAUGUAAGAAACUUUUUCUAGUUCAUCUUUCAGAGAGGGAAUACUUUGCCGUCCCUAAAAACUUGAAGCUUCUAGCCGUUCCAUUGUUCGAGCUCUACGAUAAUGUUCAGCGAUAUGGACCUGUUAUAUCUACAAUCCCGCAGCAGUUGUCAAGAUUUCAGUUCAACAUGAUCAACUAGUAGAGUUUAUUUUUAGACUCUUUAGAAUGAUGAAUCUCUGCUGCCAAACAGAAAGUGACACAUUUGUUGCAUUUCUUACACACCCCAGCCUUUAACAUAGUAGAGUUUUCAUCCUUAGCUUUGUUGUGUAACUUAAAGUUUUAUUUAUUUAUUGUGACUCUCUGUAACUUUCCCCUUUCAACUAUUUAUUGAGCUGAUUUGAAUCAUAUUUACAU